AUGGCCUAUCAGGGCUCGGGCGCGCACUCGCCUGGCUACGACGGCAACCACCCCAACGCGCCGUAUCGCGAGGACGAGGAUGCCGCACACGGUCUGCUGUCCCAUCAGCAACAGGGCCCCUUUGCCACACCUUUCGACGACCCCCACUCGCGCGGUGUCUCCCCCGUACGACCAGCCUCAGGCUACAGCUUGACUGAGACCUACGCCUCAGAUGCCGCACCCGCUUACCACGACCCCUAUGCCGCAGGCUCAGUGUACUCGGGCCAAUCGGACAAUCCCGCAGCGGUCUUUGGUGUUCCGGGUCGCGUUGCGUCGCCCUAUGCUCGCAGCGAGACCUCGUCGGUCGAAGCCUGGCGCCAGCGACAAGCACCAGGUGGCGGUCCUGGCAGUAGCAGCGGUGGUGGUGGGAACCUGCGCCGAUACGCGACGCGAAAAGUCAAGCUGGUGCAAGGCUCCGUGCUGAGUGUGGAUUAUCCUGUCCCCAGCGCUAUUCAGAAUGCCAUCCAAGCCAGAUACCGCAACGACCUGGAGGGCGGUAGCGAGGAGUUUACACACAUGCGAUACACUGCGGCGACCUGCGAUCCGAAUGAGUUCACCCUACACAAUGGUUACAAUCUGCGGCCGGCCAUGUACAACCGCCACACCGAGCUGCUGAUUGCCAUCACCUACUACAACGAAGACAAGACCCUCACAGCGCGCACACUCCAUGGUGUGAUGCAAAACAUCCGCGACAUUGUCAACCUGAAGAAAUCCGAAUUCUGGAACAAGGGCGGACCCGCUUGGCAGAAGAUCGUCGUGGCCUUGGUGUUCGAUGGAAUCGAUCCCUGCGACAAGGAUGUCCUGGAUGUCCUGGCAACCGUUGGUGUUUACCAAGAUGGUGUUAUGAAGCGUGACGUUGAUGGCAAGGAGACUGUGGCCCAUGUGUUCGAGUACACGACCCAGUUGUCCGUGACCCCAACCCAACAGCUCAUCCGGCCCACCGACGAUGGCCCGAGCACACUCCCUCCCGUGCAGAUGAUGUUCUGUCUGAAGCAGAAGAACAGCAAGAAGAUCAACUCCCACCGCUGGUUGUUCAACGCCUUUGGUCGGAUUCUGAACCCAGAGAUCUGUAUUCUGCUGGAUGCUGGUACAAAACCUGGCUCCAAGUCGUUGCUGUAUCUCUGGGAGGCCUUCUACAAUGACAAGGAUCUCGGUGGUGCCUGCGGUGAGAUCCAUGCCAUGCUGGGCAAGGGAUGGCGAAACUUGGUCAACCCUCUGGUGGCAGCCCAGAAUUUUGAGUACAAAAUCAGUAACAUUCUCGACAAGCCUCUGGAGAGUUCUUUUGGCUACGUGAGUGUGUUGCCUGGUGCCUUCUCUGCUUAUCGGUUCCGUGCGAUCAUGGGUCGCCCCCUGGAACAAUAUUUCCACGGUGACCACACGCUGUCCAAGCAGCUGGGCAAGAAGGGUAUUGAGGGCAUGAAUAUCUUCAAGAAGAACAUGUUCUUGGCCGAGGACCGCAUUCUGUGUUUCGAGCUGGUUGCCAAGGCAGGCUCGAAAUGGCAUCUGUCGUACGUCAAGGCCUCCAAGGCCGAAACGGACGUACCCGAGGGUGCUCCCGAAUUUAUCUCGCAGCGUCGUCGUUGGCUGAACGGUUCCUUUGCCGCCGGCAUCUACUCCCUGAUGCACUUUGGCCGCAUGUAUAAGAGCGGACACAACAUCAUCCGUAUGUUCUUCCUGCACAUCCAGAUGUUGUACAACAUCUUCAACACCAUCCUCACAUGGUUUUCGCUGGCCUCGUACUGGCUGACCACCACCGUCAUUAUCGAUCUCGUCGGCACCCCCAGCCCCGACAACAACAAUACUGCCUUCCCCUUUGGCACGGAGGCCACGCCCAUUGUCAACACCGUCGUCAAGUACGCGUACCUGGGUUUCUUGCUGCUGCAAUUUAUUCUCGCGCUCGGCAAUCGGCCCAAGGGCUCCAAGUUUUCGUACUUGGCCUCCUUCGUCGCAUUUGGUAUCAUUCAGCUCUACAUCAUCGUUGACUCGAUGUACCUCGUGGUUCGCGCGUUCACCGGCAACGCUCCCAUGGACUUUGUGACCAACAAGGGCAUCGGCGCGUUCCUCAGCUCGUUCUUUGGGUCGACCGGUGCCGGUAUCAUUAUCAUUGCCUUGGCAGCCACUUUUGGUCUGUACUUUGUGGCCUCGUUCAUGUACGCGGACCCGUGGCACAUGUUCACGUCCUUCCCCCAAUACCUCAUGGUGCAGUCGUCCUACAUCAACAUUCUCAAUGUGUAUGCCUUCAGCAACUGGCACGAUGUGUCAUGGGGUACCAAGGGCUCUGACAAGGCUGAUGCACUGCCGUCUGCCAAGACAACCAAGGAUGAGGGCAGCAAGGACGCCGUGAUUGAGGAGAUCGACAAGCCGCAGGCGGAUAUCGACAGCCAGUUCGAGACGACGGUCAAGCGCGCGCUGACUCCAUACGUGGCGCCGGUGGCGCACGAGGAGAAGAGCUUGGAGGAUUCGUACAAGAGUUUCCGAACGCGCCUGGUCACCUUUUGGAUUUUCAGCAAUGCUUUCCUCGCCGUGUGCAUCACCAGCGAGGCCGCCAACAAGUUUGGUUUUACGAACUCGGCCACCAAGCGGACCGCGCGUUUCUUCCAGGCCCUCCUGUGGUGUAACGCUGUUGUGGCGCUGUUCCGUUUCACGGGUGCUGUCUGGUUCCUAGGCCGCACUGGUAUUAAGUGCUGCUUCGCCCGGCGGUAG